AUGGAAACUACAGCGCUUGGUGCCAAUGCUACCACCAUAUCUGGCCUUACAGGGUCCGACACGGCAUCGGAGGAUAUUCCUUCAGAGACCAGCGAUGACCGCGCAUUCAUUGUCUCCGAUACCGAUCAAUUGUCAUAUUUCUCGACCGACUCAUCCGAGGCUUCAGAUUCGAGCCUGUUUCAAUAUGACCCAAGUUACAAUAAUAUCGUAGAUGCGCCGCGAGACUGGAUGAAACUACCAAUUAGGGAAAUUACCCGAAAGAUAGUCCUCGAGUAUGGUCAUGAAGUGGAACAGUAUCUUGUUCUGUGGUGCUACUGGGAAACCAAGACCGCAUGA